AUGUCAGACAACAUCGAUAAGGAGACCACUCCUCAGGUCGACUCGCCUGUCACAAAAGUCGAGAUCACGCCUACCAAGAUUGAGAUCAACAAGGCGCCUGAAACUCCUGCUCUUCCCCAGAACGACAAUGUCGCUCACGCGCUUGCUGGCGCUGGAGGUGGUCUCUUGUCCAUGAUCUUGACUUACCCUCUCAUCACCCUCUCUACACGCGCCCAGGUCGAGUCCAAGAAGGCCGAGAGCAAGUUCAGCGAGGCCGUUGGCAACAUCAUCGCCCGUGAAGGUAUCUCGGGCCUCUACUCCGGCAUUAACUCGGCCCUCUUCGGCAUCAGCAUCACCAACUUUGUUUACUACUACUGGUACGAAUGGACCCGCGCCUUCUUUGAGAAGGCCGCUGCCAAGGCUGGUCGCGCUGGCUCGAAGCUCACCACCGUCGAGUCCAUGAUCGCCGGUGCUAUUGCUGGCUCAGCUACCGUCAUCAUCACCAACCCCAUCUGGGUUGUCAACACCCGCGUUACCACUCGCCAGCAGGAGAAGACGAAGGAUGUCGAGGCCGGCGAGUCUUCUCAGCCUGCCAAGGCUCCCAGCACCAUCGGCACUCUGCUUCUUCUCCUGAAGAACGAGGGUCCUCAGGCUCUUUUCGCUGGUGUCAUCCCAGCUCUUGUUCUCGUCAUCAACCCCAUUCUUCAGUACACUCUGUUUGAGCAGCUCAAGAAUACGGUCGAGAAGCGACGCAAGGUGACUCCCGUUGUCGCCUUCCUCCUCGGCGCCCUGGGCAAGUUGUUUGCUACCGCCAUCACUUACCCUUAUAUCACCGUCAAGUCUCAGAUGCAUGUUCAGAAUGAGGGUAACAAGGAGGGCUCUUUGGCCGCCCUCGCUCGCAUUGUGCGCGAGCGUGGUUACGCUGGUCUCUACCGAGGGAUCGGUCCCAAGAUCACCCAAAGCGUGCUCACUGCAGCUCUUCUCUUCGCCUUCAAGGACGCGCUUUAUGAGCAGACCGUUCGUCUUCGCAUGGCCCAAGCCGCUCGACGACGCGUCGCCGCUUAA